GGCCAGCGACGGGGGGUGGGGGGGCCCUCACAGCCAACCAUAGAUACAUUCCAGCGGCAAACAACACAAGUUCCAGUGUACAGUGCUUCUUCAUCGAGGCAACUUGCCAUUAACCAAGCCAUCAUCCAUGACCUCAUCAUUGGCUGCUGCCUGCCCCUAUCAAUAGUGGAGAAUCAACAUUUCCGACAUUUUCUACACACCAUUGAUGAGAGGUACACCCCAAUCGCCAGAUCAACCAUAGCCUUCAAACAGAUACCUCAGCUAGUGACUAAAGUCAAAGAGUGUAUCAAAUCCAGUCUGGCUGAUCAAAAAUGUGUCUCUGUAACGGCUGACAUAUGGUCAGAUCGCACCUUGAGGUCUUACCUAGGAGUAGCAGCUCAUGUUUGUAACUCCACAGCUAAUGAAUACACUCUGAAAUCCUUCCUCCUUGACUGCAGAAGAUUUAAAGGGCGUCAUAGUGCUGACAACAUUGCAGCUGCAUUUGAUGAAAUAAUGGAAGAAUACAAUAUAAAUGAUAAAGUUGAAUUUAUUAUCACAGAUAACGCAGCUAACAUGAAAAAAGCUUUUAAAUUUGUAAUGGCAGAAGACCUUUCUGAUGAUAGUGAGGAUGAGGAGGACAUGGUUACUGAACCGUUAGAUAGGAACUUUAACCUAGGUUCCCGGCAACGGCUGUCCUGCUUUGCUCACAGUCUUCAGCUAGUAGUGGGUGAUGGAUUAAAGGAGGUGAAGUGCCUUUCUCAAGCAAUGUCCAAAGUGUCAAAGCUUGCAACUCUACUGCAUAGCAGCACAAUUUUCAAAGACAAGUUUGAGGCAGUCUUUGGCAAUGGCAAAAGCAUUCCGGUGGCCACUGUAACACGAUGGAAUUCCACCUUCAAGCAAGUACAGGCCAUUACGGAGCUGGAUCACACCACCUUGACAGAAAUGUGCUCUCCUGACUUUAAGAAUGUUGUCAUCACAACAAGAGAGUUUGCCCAGUUGAGAGAACUUUGUUUGAUUCUUGGACCUUUUGCUGAAGCGACUGAAUUAACAGAGGGAGAAAAGAUCAUAACAAUCAGCAUGGUUGUUCCAACAGUGCUUGACCUGAACACUCAUCUAAUUCAGAUGGAUUCGCCAAAGAGCCUCUGCAGGCCAUUGAUCAGAGCACUCCGGGAUUCACUCCAGGAAAGGUUCUCAGGCAUCUUCAUUAGACUUCAUAUGGCAGAGCCAGAGUACCAUAGAUUUGAUGCACCAUUUAGUCAUGAAAUCUAUGCACAAGCUGCAAUGUUGGACCCUCAGUUUGGAAUGAGCUGGGUCGACAUGGAUGUGAGGACCAGUGGCACCACUGUUGCUGUAAAGAGACUAAGGGAGGAGGUGCGGAAAUCGCUGACAGACUGCUUGAUAGCUGAAGCAGAAAAGGCUGACCUGGAAAAUAUCCAUGCAAGAGAGGGACCUAGAGCAGAUCCACAUCAUUCUCCAUCAAAUUCCAAGAUUCCACGACUCCUGGCAAAGUAUAAAACUCAUAAAAUGAAACAUAGCUCUCCCACUGAGGCAAGCAUUGUCACUCAGGUAAUGAAAUACUUUGAACACAUCCAGAGCUCUCCAAUAGAGGAGGACCCCCUUAUAUUCUGGGCUCACAACAAGGACAAAUAUCCACAUUUGCAUGCUCUUGCUCUUAAAGUGCUGUCUGUCCCUGCAUCUUCAGCACCAGUUGAAAGAGUGUUUAGUGCUGGAGGACUUCUUAUGAGGCCCCAUCGAGCAAGCCUAGGAUCAAAAAUGCUCUCAUCUCUUAUAUUUCUCAAGUGCAACAAUGGACUUCUGUAAAACAGAAAAGAAUACUGAGGAUGUACAGUAUGAGGAUUAGAUGCAGAGACAGUUCAGGUUAGGGUCCUGCUAUACCAUACUUGCAUCAAAUUCUGCACUAAAACUGUGUUGGUAAUCCCCUGGGGGAUUUUGAUUUGACUGGUACUCCUGAAUAUGUUAUAUAUUAUAUGGCCUAUGGCAAGCACAC